AACUCUAUAUAAUGUUUAUGCACGCAAUGUUUUUAAUGUAAACUCUUCCUGUUAAUGUCCCGUUUUACUCACUCUCAUAAAAUGCACUGGAGAAAAGACUUGAAUUACACCAGCAUUAGCAGACCGUUUAAUGAAUAGUUCACCUAAAAUGAAAAUGAUUUCCCCCGCUUCUUCCAAAUGAGAUUCUUUCCCAUAUUUUGAAGGAUGCUGGUACCAAAACAUCCAUCGCAUGUCUAUUUUAAAGUCAUGAACUGUUCCAUAUUCCACGUUAUGCUUGAAUGGCUUUUUCUGUAGUGUGUUUUGGGGCAUAUUCUGUUGGAAUUGCAUGGUUUUAAAAAGCCACCAACAGAAGGCAAUCAAUUACCAGUAGAAACCUGCACGGCCCAUUACAGUUACCAAUACACAUCCCAUUAUAAACCAUUACAAAUUUAGUAAUUUAUUGGGCUUUUCCCCACAGGGAUUGGCAGUGAGUGCGAUUUUAAGUCAGCAAAAAUGUCUGUUUUAAAUAAAUGCUGUUCUUUUAAUCUUAAUAUGAAGCGGCACAGCUGUUGCAAUAUUGAUAAAAGUGUCUCUCGAGCAGCAACUAAGCAUCUUAGAAUGAUUUCUGAAGUGUGAAUGAUGCUGAAAACAGCUUUUAUCGGUUAUAUUUGAACAUAUAUAUAUAUACAGUCACAUAGAAAACAUGCAUAUUAAACUGUAAUAACGUUUCGCAACAUUACAUCUUUAAUGCAUGUCUUUAAUGCAGCUGGUCGAACAAACAAACAUCACUAAACCCUAAUGCAAUAUUCCGAUUAUUCGUAUUCCGAUUAUUAAUAUUCCGAUUAUUCGUAUUCCGAUUAUUCGUAUUCCGAUUGACCGAUUACUUCCGCAUUGCAAACAUGCUCCCCGCGCUGUCCCGUUUCGGGAACGGGUUGCAUGAGAGCAGAUAUUCGUCAACACAGAAAGCCGAAGACGUCUUGUUUACCUCGUCAACGGCUCGCGCCAGAUCCCCGUUACGCUGAGCUCCUGAGAGGCUUAACGCGGCGUGACGCCUCUCUUUGACACACUGACCUAGUUUCGCGUGCAAAGCCCCACCGAAGACGAUAUAUACGCGUGUUACUAGCGAUGCGUUGACGUGCACGACGCCUGAUGGGUAUAAAUGCGCGUGCACGUACAGGUUCGCACGCACGCGUCGAUGAGUAAAAAAGCGGAAAAAAAGCCGAUGCGAUCCGGGAGAACUCCGCCGCGUGUUUCUGGGGAUGGUACGCCUUUCCGUGUCGACGAAGACGCUUGGGACAAGAUGAAAAGGCCAGGGUCGAAGCGCCAGAGCCUGACCCCGUCUGAGGGCCGGAGCAAGAGAGCGAGGAGCGUCCGGAGAGCCUCGGAGGAGACGUGGGGCGGUCUUCCUCACCACGUGGUGCUGCACAUCUUCCAGUACCUGUCUCUGGUGGACCGGGCCCGAGCCUCUUCUGUGUGCCGCCGCUGGAACGACGUCUUCCACAUCCCGGACCUCUGGAGGAGGUUUGAGUUUGAGCUGAACCAGCCGGCCACGUCGUACCUGAGGUCCACGCACCCGGAUCUCAUCCAGCAGAUCAUCAAGCGGCACGCUCAGCACCUGCAGUACGUCAGCUUCAAGGUGGACAGCUGCACAGAAUCAGCAGAAGCGGCUUGUAACAUCCUCUCACAGCUGGUGAACUGCACCAUUAAAACGCUGGGUCUGAUUUCCACAGCGCGGCCGAGCUUCAUGGACGUGUCCCAGUCGCACUUCGUCUCGGCUCUGACGGUGGUGUUUGUGAAUUCCAAGUCCCUGUCCUCUAUAAAAAUUGAUGACACACCGGUUGAUGACCCUUCCCUGAAGGUACUGGUGGCCAACAACAGUGACACGCUCAAGCUGCUGAAGAUGAGUAGCUGUCCUCAUGUGUCUCCUGCAGGCAUCCUCUGUGUGGCCGAUCAGUGUCACGGCCUGCGCGAACUGGCUCUGAACUACCACCUGCUGAGCGACGAGCUUCUGCUGGCCCUGUCCUCCGAGAAACACGUGCACCUGGAGCACCUGCGCAUCGAUGUGGUGAGCGAGAACCCGGGCCAAACGCAGUUCCACACCAUCAAGAAGAGCAGCUGGGACGCCCUCAUCCGCCACUCGCCGCAGGUCAACAUCGUCAUGUACUUCUUCCUCUACGAGGAGGAGUUCGAGGCCUUCUUCCGCGAGGAGACGCCCGUCACGCACCUGUACUUCGGCCGGGCCGUCAGUAAAGACAUGCUGGGCCGCAUCGGGCUGAACUGCCCGCGUCUGGUGGAGCUGGUGGUGUGCGCCAACGGCCUGGAGCCGCUGGACGAGGAGCUGAUCCGCAUCGCCGAGCGCUGCAAGAGCCUGACGGCCAUCGGCCUGGGCGAGUGCGAGGUCACCUGCAGCGGCUUCAUGGAGUUCGUGAAGAUGUGCGGCGGCCGCCUGAGCCAGCUCUCCAUCAUGGAGGAGGUGCUCAUCCCCGACGGCGCCUACAACAUCGAGCAGAUCCACAGCGAGGUCUCCAAACAUUUGGGCAGGAUUUGGUUUCCUGACAUGAUGCCCACUUGGUGAAACAAAUGCGUCUUAGGCAGCGUUGCCAAGUCUGCGGUUUUUCCGCUGCUUUAUCAAUGGGUUGCUUAACCAGGAGCCUCUCUGAAACUUUAAAGCAAUUGGGCUAGUUUUGAGUAGCAGUUAGGUGGGUUUUGCUUUGAGGACCUGGCAACCUUUUAGACUGCAGUCUGCAAAGCCACUAGAAGGUAAGCCUUCGACCUUUAGCCAAAAAAGCGGACUGGACAAGGAAACUAGAGGCCGUUUCUUUUUUAACGGAUGCCGAGCUUCACUGCGCUGAAAAAAAUGGAUGAACUUGUAGCCUAUCGACUAAUCUUUAGCGUGUUUAACACUGAACAGUACUUUUGGAUUGAACUAUUUUUAGUUUACGCCAAAAAAAAAAGAGAAUCUGUUGACUUUUUGCAACAGACGGGAUUCCUCUUUCAUUUCUAUGCUAUCCUUAAACAUCAAGUGAGCGUUGCACAGCUCAAAACUAAAAUUCAGCGACGUCAAGGAAGUAAUUCGGUUCGGUUAUUAAGGCACACUUGAUCCAAGACCGUCUCAAUCUCUGGUAGAAUUGCAGCCAAUACAUCAAAACAAAUCCACUCUAGAACAGUGUUGCCAGGUUUCCGGUAUUCCUCUUUUUGCGACAGGUGGGAUUUGGGCUUUGUGUUUGCCACGGCAUCCAUAAAUGGCGGCUAGGUGUCGCACAAACUGAAAUUCAAAGACGCCAAGAAUGGUUAUCAAGACACGAGUUGAACAAUACGCGCUUUCUCCAACAGUAAGUACUAAACUUUGAGAAGGUUUUGCUUUGAAAACAUGGCAACCCUUGCGUUUGGCAGGCCCGGCAGCCAUUAGACAGAACGGGGUAAUUAAAAAUUAGCAUGGGAAACAGAACAUCUGGAUCAUUAGUGUGGAGGAGCUGCCGUAGAAACAUAAUUGGUGAUUGGAUCUCAGAGAAGGGGCCGAAUGCAAAGCCUUUACAACAAAGCAGCGCACGUGAACGCGCGGGUCAUUACGGGAUGCUCGUUGGCACAGAACGGCCCUCUGGGACUUGCUAAAGAGCUCGUUUCGUAGCUUGACUUCUGUUGACCGUAGAGCUGAUAAUAUCAUAUCAUAAAAAAAUGAUCUCACGCACGUCGCUGCAAGGAAAGGCUAUAGAGCGAUGACCUUACUCAUGCUUUUCUCUGUUUGGUCUCGGACUCAAACUCACGCGACGCAGCCUCUUCAUCUCCACGUUUGAGGAGAUAAACACUUGAGCAGAUGACCUUUAACUAACAGCCGCCCUGAGAGCCAAGUCGGCAACUUUACAGAGAUUCGUCUGAGAAAAAAACUAGCGUCAAACGCACACUGAAACCAAGAGGGAAAGCCGUUCCGUCAACCCGUCAAAAUAAAAGUCUUUAACUUAAAAAAAAAAAAAAAAAGACAGAUGUAUACCAAAAUGUAAUUCUCGAAGAGGGACAGAUCAUACAAACAUGGUUCGUUUAUGUUUCACUACAUUAAAACCUAGUCCUUCUCUGGCAGGAAAAUAAUUUCCGCAUAGCUUCUGUUGUUUUGCAUGAGAUUUUUAGCAAAUGUUUCCAUGACAGUUGUGUACAAAAUAUUGUGGCCCCGUAAAUGUGCUGUUGUUUGUUGGUAGAUUUCUAAUAAGAAGUACAAUAUGCAUUUAUACGGCAUGCUCAUACUAUAAUAAUAAUUUAUCAUGGGAUCCUGUGGGUCUUAUAAACACUAAACCACUAAUGAAUGUGUCUUCUGCUGUAUUUAACGAAACAAGCUCAGCUUUUCCUUUAAACAUAUUCUGUUUAGUAGUAUGUAAAAUAUUUUCGUUUCAAAGGAAGGUCAACAAACUGUGAUAAUUGCGUUUUAUUUUUUAUUUAUUAAGUGCAAAGUCUGUUAUUUUAAGCGUUCGUCUGUAUUUCUCUUGAAUUUAUUUGCACUGGUUUUGCCGUAUAAAAUAAAAAAAACAGCCAAUAAAAAAAAAUCCUUUUAAACCACA